AACAGCUGCAGGUUCCAUCCCCCAAUACGUUUAGGAUUUCAUCUUCCGCCCCAACAGACUAUAGUGGUGGUAGUAGUAGCAGAUAAGAGAGUGGAGCUCUCCAAUGUCAUUCUCACUGACAACCCCAACAUCCGUAACUCUCUCUUCGCUCCUGCAAUGGAAAUCAUCCACCUCCUCCUCUCCGCUUACACUUGUUUUCCCCUCUUUGAACGUCAAACGACGUUGCAUUGUUCCUCGCGCUGCUCUCGAGUCCGCCUCUGGUAAUGGCGCUGUUGUGGCCUCGCCACCGAUGCCGGACUCCUCAGACUACGGAAGACGAUACUUCCCUUUGGCUGCCGUUGUUGGACAAGAUGCCAUUAAAACUGCUCUUUUACUUGGGGCUAUUGACCGUGAAAUUGGUGGGAUUGCUAUCUCUGGAAGACGAGGGACAGCAAAGACAAUAAUGGCACGUGGCUUACAUGCAAUUUUGCCUCCCAUUGAAGUAGUUGUUGGAUCAAUUGCAAAUGCAGAUCCUGCCUGCCCAGAAGAAUGGGAAGAUGGCUUAUCUGAAGGAGUGGAAUAUGAUUCUUCUGGUACUGUUAAGAGUCAAAUUGUCAAAUCUCCUUUUGUCCAGAUUCCACUUGGAGUUACGGAGGACAGACUCAUUGGAUCUGUUGAUGUUGAAGAGUCUGUGAAAACUGGAACAACUGUUUUCCAGCCUGGCCUUCUUGCUGAAGCUCAUAGAGGUGUUUUAUAUGUAGAUGAAAUCAAUCUUUUGGAUGAAGGUAUUAGUAAUCUGCUUCUUAAUGUAUUGACCGAAGGGGUUAACAUUGUGGAAAGAGAGGGAAUCAGCUUUAAGCAUCCAUGCAAGCCAUUGUUAAUUGCUACAUACAAUCCAGAAGAGGGUGCUGUGCGUGAACAUUUACUGGAUCGUAUUGCAAUCAAUUUGAGUGCAGAUCUUCCUAUGAGUUUUGAAGAUCGUGUUGCUGCUGUUGGAAUCGCUACAGAAUUUCAGGAACACAGCAAUGCCGUUUUUAAGAUGGUUGAGGAAGACAUGGAAAAUGCAAAGACUCAGAUAAUUUUGGCAAGAGAAUAUUUGAAGGAUGUCAGUAUUGGCAAGGAACAACUCAAGUACCUGGUUUUGGAAGCCAUUAGAGGUGGAUGUCAGGGACACAGAGCUGAGCUAUAUGCUGCCCGUGUUGCGAAAUGCUUAGCUGCUUUAGAAGGACGGGAGAAAGUUACUGUGGACGACCUGAAAAAAGCUGUAGAACUGGUCAUUCUUCCUCGUUCAAUUAUCAAUGAGAAUCCUCCAGAACAACAAAACCAGCAGCCUCCACCACCACCUCCCCCUCCACAGAAUGAAGAUUCUGGAGAGGAGCAGAAUGAGGAAGAGGAGCAGAAUGACGAGGAGGAUGAAGAGGACGAAAAUGAUGAAGAGAAUGAGCAACAGCAAGAACAGGUACCUGAAGAAUUUAUCUUUGAUGCAGAAGGGGGCCUGGUGGAUGAAAAACUCCUCUUCUUUGCUCAACAAGCUCAAAGGCGCCGAGGGAAGGCUGGGAGAGCAAAGAAUGUCAUAUUCUCGGAGGAUAGAGGGAGAUAUAUUAAGCCAAUGCUUCCAAAGGGUCCUGUGAAGAGAUUAGCCGUUGAUGCGACUCUCAGAGCAGCUGCUCCAUAUCAGAAAUUGCGUAGAGAGAAGGACAUUCAGAAGAGUAGAAAAGUUUAUGUGGAAAAAUCUGAUAUGAGGGCUAAAAGAAUGGCAAGAAAAGCAGGAGCAUUGGUUAUAUUUGUGGUUGAUGCAAGUGGGAGCAUGGCAUUGAACAGAAUGCAGAAUGCUAAAGGUGCAGCACUUAAGUUACUUGCUGAGAGUUAUACAAGCAGGGAUCAGGUCUCCAUCAUUCCUUUCCGUGGAGACUCCGCAGAAGUCCUGCUGCCUCCUUCUAGGUCAAUUGCAAUGGCAAGGAAACGACUUGAGAGACUUCCAUGCGGUGGGGGUUCUCCCCUUGCCCAUGGCCUUACCACAGCUGUCAGGGUUGGGCUAAAUGCCGAGAAGAGUGGUGAUGUUGGGCGUGUGAUGAUUGUUGCAAUAACAGAUGGCAGAGCGAAUAUAUCACUGAAAAGAUCUACUGACCCCGAAGUUGCUUCUUCUGAUGCCCCUAGACCUUCAUCGCAAGAGCUGAAGGAUGAAAUUCUUGAAGUGGCUGGGAAAAUAUACAAAGCAGGGAUGUCCCUCCUUGUUAUUGACACAGAAAACAAGUUCGUUUCUACCGGUUUUGCCAAGGAGAUUGCUAGAGUUGCACAAGGAAAAUAUUACUACUUGCCAAAUGCUUCUGAUGCUGUCAUCUCAGCUGCAACAAAGGAUGCUCUAUCGGUCUUGAAAAGUUCAUGAUCUCCACUUGUUUUGAUCUAUAUCAUGGUUUUCUUUUUUCAAUCAAGAUAUCUUCAAUGCUGAUUGGCAUGAGUUGGUGUAUAAAUUACUUUUCUUCUUUUCUCACUAUCCAGUAAUCCUCUUCUUUUUUCUUGGUAAGUAAAGUAAUAUCAUUGUGAAUUGAA